AUGGUUUUACUGAAUAAGGCAAAGUGCAUGGCACGAAUGCAUGUUGUGCCCUCCAUAUUGCGUUACGUGCAUCCAGCUUUUCGGCGCUUUUUGUCCAGAAGGAAAAUUCGGCGAUGUUUGCGCAAGCAAAAUAGCAGUUUGGCAAAGAAGAUUCGUAAUCGUUCAUUGCGCUAUAGUGUCCUACCUCGGGUAGCUUCUAUGCUCUAA